AUGAAGCCAUACCUAAAUUUUAACAAUCACUAUGAGCAAGACCGGAGUGCACUUAAGCGGAAAGAAUGGGAGAGAAGAAACCAGGAAGUCCAGCAAGAUGAAGAUCUCUUUGCUUCAGGUUUUAACCUCUUUGGGGAACCCUACAAGACAAAUAAAGGCGAUGCCCUUGCAAACCGUGUCCAGAACACAUUGGGAAAUUAUGAUGAGAUGAAGGACCUGUUAACCAACCAUUCUAACCAGAGCCACCUUGUAGGAAUCCCAAAGAAUUCUGUCCCACAGACCCCCAUUGACAAAAAUGAACAGAACUUUUUCCCAGAACCACGAAACAGGAUGAUCCCAUCUCAUCAGAUCAGUGGCCACUCAUCGACAUCAAUGCCUCCACCUUCUUCAUUGUCAUCUAAUUCUACUUUGCUACACAGUCACCAGAGCAGCAGGAAGUCGAGGACAGACUGGUCACGUGGUGGUCACAACUCUAGUGGGGCCCAGCCAAGCCAAUCCAGUAGUCAGCAGAGUCGGGCAAAGCAUAGCUCUUCUCAUGACCAGCCACAGGGCAGGUAUGAAGACCUCUAUAAUUGUCAGAGCGAGCAGCAUAAAAGUGGAGGAACUGAGGAAGCAAAUUCUAUGGCAGCAUCUUCACAUUCGAGGAGGCAUACUCAUUCAAAGUCAGCAGCUGGAGAACAUACUUACAAAGAAAACAGUCAUUCGAAGUCACCCACAGAGCUCGAGUUUGUAGGUCACGGUCCUGGAUCUCCACUUCCUUCCACAUCUUUGUUAUCUGCAAACAAUGGUCUUUCAACCCAGAAUUUCCCACCAGGACUUCACUGUAAAAACAGCAUGGUGCAGCAAAAGCCUACAGCAUAUGUCAGGCCUAUGGACGGUCAAGACCAGGUACCCAAUGACUCACCUGAACUGAAACCUCCGAUAGAAAUUGAGAGUGGAUAUGGAAAUCAGGCCUUUGGAACACUGCUGGAAGGAAAAGUGAACACACCUAGUUCGAAGAACAAAGUGCCAAAGCUCAACAUUCCUCCUGUUACUGAAAAAUAUGAUGAUGAAAAGCCUGAAGACUCGGAGUUUGAAAAUGAAGCUUCUUUAGGUUUGAAAUAUCUGUUGUUUCACACAGCAGUUUUCCUGGUUGAAAUCACCUGGUACUUGUUACCCAAAAUAGAGCGAGAUGAUGCUUGUACUGCCUACUUCUACGUGGAAGGGAACUAUGACUUUUCAAAGGGUGAUAAAGCAACCAUGGUGUUGGGUUGCAGUAGAAGGUCCCGGUGCAAGCUCUGGCUAGCUCUUCAGGAGCUCCUUCCAGCCGCACGGCAGCUCCUCACGCUGCCCAUCCGCUUGGCUGCAGCGCGGGGAGCGGGCGCUGGAGCUGGGAGAGGCGGCCAAGGGCGACGGCGCUCACCCGGCCUUUCCGCACCUGCGUGGGCUGGCACAGCUGCCUCGUGCGCACCGUUCUGCCCCCCGGGGAGUCUGUAG